AUGCCGGCGGCAAGAGGGGUAAAACGGACAGCUUCUAAGUCUUCGACUACUGCAACGGCCACAGGGCCUAAAAAUAAGAAAAAACGUGGAGCAAUCCAAUUGGAGAUCCCGAGUGCGCCUAAGAAAAGGGGGCGUGUUUUCACAUGCGGGCAAGGGGAUGUUGGACAAUUGGGUCUCGGAGAAGAUGUUGUGGAAACUACCAAGUUCAAAUAUGUAUCAGCUCUUGGUGACAAGAUUGUUGAUGUGUGUGCAGGUGGAAUGCACACAGUUGCCCUGGACACUGAUGGCAAGGUGUGGACAUUUGGUUGCAACGAUGAGGGAGCCCUAGGGCGAACAACCAACAGUGACAAAGACGAGGGCACAGCCAAAGCUGUAACAUUACCCAGAAAGGCCGUGGCCAUUGCAGCCGGGGACUCGCACUCCGCAGCACUACUCGACAACGGAGAUGUAUAUGCCUGGGGUGCCUUCCGGGAUUCACACGGCAGCAUGGGGCUGGUGGUGCCAUCGGGCGGGGAUCACCUUGUCGUCUUGUCCACAACCGGCUCUGUGUACACAAUGGGCUGCGGUGAACAGGGCCAAUUGGGCAGAUUGUCCCAGCGAUCCGCUUCAAGGGACGCUAGACAAGGAUUCAGUGCGCUGCUGGCGCCCUCCAAGGUGAUCCUUAAGGGCGGCGCGUCCCGCGUGUGGGCGGGGUACCACGCGACAUUCGUGCUGGACGCCAACAACGACAAAAUGUUUGCGUGGGGUCUAAAUAACUACGGCCAACUAGGCAUAACGGGCGAGAAACGGAAGACGGCGAUCUUCUCGCCGACGGAGUGCGACGCUUUCACCAGCGCCAACACCUCGUGGGGCUCGGUGGCGUGCGGGCAGCACCACUCGCUGGCCCUGGACUCCAACGGGCUGGUGUACGCCAUCGGCCGCACGGAAUACGGCAGGUUAGGAUUAGGCGACAGGACGGGUGACGCGGAAAUACUGGAGCCAAUACCGAAGCUACAGAACAAGAAGUGCGUCAACAUAGCGGCGGGCACGUGCAAUUCGUUUGCGGUCACCGACACCGGCGAGGUGUUCGCGUGGGGCAUGGGCAGCGAGGGCCAGCUGGGCACCGGCGCGGCGGCGGACGCGCUCGAGCCGGCGCCCGCCCACGCCGCGCCCUUCGACGGCCGCCCCGCCGCCAGGGUCGCCGCUGGGGGCCAGCACACCGCGCUGCUGCUGGAGGAGUCAAAAGAAACUUCACCAGCACCGGAAAGUGAAAAGGAAGAAGUAGAACAACAGCAGGAGGCGACGGAGGACAGCCAGGAGUCUGAGAAGGAGAAAGAGAAAGAGAAACCGAAGGCGCGGCCAGCGAAGAGACAGAAGAAACAAGAGCAGGAUGAAGAGAUAUCCUCUACUUCGAGCGCGCAGGCCAGUGAAGUAGCGGAAACAAAGCCGCUGAAGGUGAAUGGUGAUGAACAAAAAGAAACCCCUAUGGAAGUUGACGAAACUGAUAAAGCUGAGGACAAAAAGGACGAGGAACAAACAGCUGACACGGAGAAACAGAGCGAGGAAGCGGAUAAGCAGAGUGAAGACACGGAGCCCGAGCAAGAAGAGAGCAAACCGGACACAAUGGACACCUCUAGCCAAGGGACCACAGACAGCGAAUCCAAGCCUAUGGACAGCGAGGAGCAGAAGGACGAGGCGAUGGACAGAGACGAAGACAGAGAGGAGCAGAGGGAGAGGGAAGAGGUCAACGGGACGGAGAGGGAAACGGUGGACAGCAAAAUGGACAGCCUUAUACCGAGCGACAACGCGCUGACCACCUCGGCG